GCGAGGGAGGGAGUGUACGCUCUUGCUUGGGUGAGAGAAAGUCCUCUGCAAUUUUUGUUUCUGACCAUCCGUUCCAGCGUUGCUUCUGAUGAUCUAAACGCAUUACUUUGUUUUUCGUGGAUUUAACGGGUAUUGCUGGACACAGGGAAUCAGGGCUACUGCUUCUUUAAGUUCUUUUGGGGGGAUGGGCUAUUUUCAUAACGUCAUUUCAUUCCUCCCUCUUUUUCAUUUUGUCAUUCUUUGAUUCUUUUUCUCCCCCCAUUUCCUAAAUGGAACAGAUUGCCCGAGCCUUUUCAUUUCCUAGCUUUCCCAAUUUUUAUUCAAAGUUACUCUUUUUAUUUUUCAGGAUUAUUAAGUUGAACUUUUCUUCUGUGUCAUCAUUUUUGGAGGGCUAACACCUUAGUGGACGUAAACUGCAAGUCAAUUGAGGCGAUGGUGGAGGCGUUUAUGGUGAUGAUGAUGAUGAUGAACUGUAAAAGAAUGAUUCACUAACUUGUCUGUCUUUUGCUACCUGACAAGUCGAUAUAAGUUCAUUUUCAUCAUGAUGUACUCUCCUCUCUGUCUUACUCAGGAUGAGUUUCAUCCGUUCAUCGAGGCCCUACUGCCGCAUGUGCGUGCCUUCGCCUACACCUGGUUCAACCUGCAGGCGCGCAAACGCAAGUACUUCAAGAAGCACGAGAAGAGGAUGACCAAAGAGGAAGAGCGUGCAGUGAAGGACGAGCUGCUGGGAGAGAAGCCCGAGGUCAAGCAGAAGUGGGCGUCGCGGCUGCUGGCCAAACUCCGCAAGGACAUCCGGCCCGAGUGCCGCGAGGACUUUGUGCUGUCUAUCACAGGGAAGAAGACCCCCUGCUGCGUCCUCUCUAACCCUGACCAGAAGGGCAAGAUGAGGAGGAUCGACUGCCUGCGUCAGGCCGACAAGGUGUGGAGGCUGGACCUGGUCAUGGUCAUCCUGUUCAAGGGCAUCCCGCUGGAGAGCACGGACGGAGAGCGCCUGGUCAAGGCUGGGCCAUGCAACAACCCCAUCCUCUGUGUCCAGCCACACCACAUCAGCGUCUCGGUCAAGGAGCUGGACCUCUACCUGGCCUACUUCGUACAGGAGAGAGAGUCAGAGCAGAGCAGUAGCCCACGCACAGGUAUUGGGUCAGAUCAGGAGGAUAGCCGAGCUGCCACCAUGGAUGCUCCUGAGUUUCAGGAAAGCUUUGUGACAUCAGGAGUUUUUAAUGUAACAGAGCUGGUGCAAGUGUCCAGAACUCCGGUGGUGACGGGGGCAGGCCCUAACUUCUCUCUGGGAGAGCUGCAGGGGCACCUGGCCUAUGACCUUAACCCCUCAGGGGUGGGCAUGAGGAGAACCCUGCCCAGCACCUCCUCCAGCGGGAGUAAGAGGCACAAGUCGGGCUCCAUGGAGGAUGAUGUGGACACCAGUCCUGGGGGGGAGUACUACACCUCUCCCAACUCCCCGGCUAGCAGCUCCCGCAACUGGCAAGAGGAUCUGGAAGGAGGCAUGUCCCCUGGAGUAAAGAAGACAGAGAUGGACAGCCCGUCUCCUCAGGAGAGCUCCCCACGUCUCGGCUUCACACAGCACCACCGGCCCGUCAUCGCAGUGCACAGUGGGAUUUCUCGGAGUCCGCACCCCUCCUCGUCUUUGCACUUCCCCACCACCUCCAUCCUGCCCCAGUCCACCUCCUACUUCCCCCACACCGCCAUCCGCUACCCGCCACACCUCAGCUCCCAAGACCCGCUGAAGGACCUGGUCUCCCUGGCCUGUGACCCGUCCAACCAGCAGCCCAGCCCAGUGAGUCCAGCCCAUCUAACAACUCUAACUAAGGCCCAGAGUUUGUCCUGGUCAGGUCAUGUGCUGAACGGCAGUGGUCAAGUGAAGGUGCCCAGUCACUACAUCUCCUCCCAGAUGCUGGCGCCUCCUCCGCCCCCUGGAAUGCCCCGACUGACGCUGCCCUCCGACUCCAAGUCCAGCACCACCACCUCGGACGGGGGAGCCAACUCCCCCACGUCACCCAGUAAGUGGGCCGCUGCAUACUCAGCUCCUGGGACGCCCCCUGCCAACCGCUCCUUUGUCGGGAUCGGACCUCGAGACCCUGGCUCACUCUACCAGGCACAGUCCUGGUACCUGGGAAACUAAACAACACAAGGAUCAUUGAAAGGGGCAGGGACACAUGGAUUUGAGAUUCAACACUUUUUGUGGAAUUAAGAAAAUUGCAAAUGCGAUGCAAGAGGGAAAGUGUAUAUAUAUAUAAAUAUAUGUGUGCAUAUAUAUUUAUGUAUAUCAACAUAAAAGAUGCUUCAACACACCUUUUUGGAAUGCAAGACAGAGGCAGAGAGAGCAACGCCAAGGCAAGAAAGAGAAAAGGUUUGUGCAGCCAAAAUGAACGGUGGGGCAGAGACAUGACCCUGUCUCCAGGAUAGUACCCCUCCUCUUUAACACCCCCCUCUGCUACAGGUGCUGCUUCCUCAUAUAUGCAAAAUAAGUAUCCUUUCAUUUCUUAAUCAACAAGAAAGAGAAGAAUCCGAAUCCAGAGUCAUAGUUUUCCACACUUCUUCGGAGCCGGUAAAUAAACAACUCUUUGAAAGUAUUUAGGCGAGGCUGGUCACACAUGGUCAAUAACCUCCCUUUGCCCAUGAAGAGUCUACUUUUCAUCCAGUUUGAUUGACAAUCCUGUAUCUGUGUCAGUUACUUUGUUUAAAGAGUGGGGUAUUUUUAAGAUUUCAUUUAAACGUGUCUUCUAUGAGGCACAGUGAUAUGCAUACACAAUCAAAAGGAUCUGUCUUUAGAGCAGUAGAGAGCAUCGUAAAAAGACAGGUACUGUAACGGGUGUGUUAGUUUUCACAAUAACUGAUACGCCCUCUUGUGCCUGUCAACUGUUGUCUGUUUGUUUAGACAUUGGUUUGUGUUUGCAUACGAUUCAAGCAUAGUGAAACCUCCUCUUCCUAUCCUUGCCCCACUCUUGAGUUAAUAUUGCAUAAAGUUUGUAUUAAUGUAGAUAACAGGGGUUUAUUCUGCAUAGUGACAAAGGGAGAACAAAAAUAGUAAUGUCACUAUUGAGACAGUAUUGGGUGUAGAGGGGAGAAUCUUUCUUUUUUUUGUAUUUAGUUUAAAUUGCAUUGGACAUUACAGGCAUUGCACUACUAUAAUGUAAAUGUUUCCUUAUUAGCAGCUAUCCCUUGGCCUAAUCAUAUGAAAUGUUGCAAGUCAGAGGUGGGUUUUAGGAUUAUGUUGUAGAAACUACUAUGCUGUGUUGCUUUGGUAGCAGGGUACAAGAGUUAUGAGUGUUGGCUUUCUUGAGCUAUCGAUUCGGAUCAAUACAAUCCAGCCCUGUUGUGUUUCAGAUAUUCUAUACUCAUCUAGAGGACCUUUCCUUGUGUAUGUUGAGGUACAGGGAAUCCUGACAGGUUUAUAGGUAAAUCACACCCUUUUGGAUCUCUUUCUACAUUCUGUGUAUCUAAGUCACACUUUUAUUAUCUCACUCAUGCUGUCUUUAUAUAAUCGAAAACAAAAAGCAAUUUAUGAAUCUUUUUUUAAAGCAGAUCACAUACUUUGGAUGAGUCGAGAAGAAUGUGAAUGAUUUGAUCAUUAGAAGCGUGUCUGUAAAGGUAACCAUUGAUAGUGCCACCACUGACCCCAGACCUAAUGGUUGCUAGGCCAACGGCACUGCAUGUAUCCAUGUGUGCACAUGGCAUGAUUCUGGCUCAUUGAUGACGGGCAACUGACUGACCAGCAGUGUCCAUCACCAGUCUAUUUGGUCAGAACUUUCUUUACAGGUUUUGUCCUUGUCUCAUUUGCUAAUGCAAUGUUUGUGACAACAGACUUUGUUGCAGCAUGUGUUGGGAUGGAUGCAGAUACAUAUUUAUAAAUUGAAAACAUCAGGACUUAAGACUCCCCAAGCCCAAACCAUAUAUACAGCCAUGAAAAGUGCCUAAGACAUAGCAAGAGUUCUUUCUACAUUUCUUUGUAUUAUUGUUUUGGUUUGUUUGAAGUACUGCAAACAUCAAUGAGCUCUAGACAGGCAACAGGUGUGGUGUGAUGCACAGAGGGGAAGAAGUUAUGGAGAGCUCACAUCCCUAACCUGUCUCCAGCCAAAUGCACCUUCCAUGUGUUUUUCUGAGCACAGGCUUCUCAUUGGUUGUCUGCUGGGCACAAGCUAAGAAAAGUAUAAAACUCUGCUAUCAGCAAUGACAUAAUUAAACCAACAUAUCAAAGCUAUAUACACACACACACACACACACUGAACAUAAAUGUAAACGCAACAUGUAAAGUGUUGGUCCCAUGUUUAUGAGUUGAAAUAAAAGGUCCCAGAAAUGUACCAUAUGCACAAAAAGCUUAUUUCUCUCACAUUUUGUGCAGGAAUGUUUACAUUCCUGCUAGUGAGCAUUUCUCCUUUGCCAAGAUAAUCCAUCCACCUGACAGGUGUGGCAUAUCAAGAAGCUGAUUAAACAGCAUGAUCAUUACACAGGUGCACCUUGUGCUGGGGACAAUAAAAGGCCACUCUAAAAUGUGCUGUUUUAUCACACAACACAAUGCCACAGAUGUCUGAAGCUGAGGGAGUGUGCAAUUGGCAUGCUGACUGCAGGAAUGUCCACCACAGCUGUUGCCAGAGAAUUGAAUGUUAAUUUCUCUACCAUAAGCCGCCUCCAACAUUGUUUUAGAGAAUUUGGCAGUACGUCCAACCGGCCUUGACCGCAGACCGCGUUUAUGGCAUCAUGUGGGCAAGUGGUUUGCUGAUGUCAACGUUGUGAAUUGAGUGCCGCAUGGUGGCGGUGGGGUUAUGGUAUGGACAAUCAUAAGCUACGGACAACGAACACAAUUGCAUUUUAACAAUGGCAAUUUGAAUGCACAGAAAUACUGUGACAAGUUUCUGAGGCCCAUUUAUUUUAAGGUAUCUGUGAGCAACAGAUGCAUAUCUGUAUUCCCAAUCAUGAGAAAUCCAUAGAUUAGGGCCUAAUGAAUUGAUUUCAAUUGACUGAUUUCCUCAUAUGAACUGUAACUCAGUAAAAUAUUUGAAAUUGUUGCAUGUUGCAUUUAUAUUUUUGUUCAGUGGAGAGAGAGAGAGAGAACACAGAUGCAGAUAUUGCUCAUUAAGACAGAUACACUUCUAGGGAAUAAUAUCCAUACACGCUGGUUACGAAAAGCUAACCUUUAAAUACGGCUUUGCAAUGGAAAACAUCAAAUUUGCGGUGAGUGUUCCAAUUGACAUCUGUUAUUUAAAAACAGAAUACCUACAAUGACUUGUUUUAAAAGGUGCUCAUAUGAAAUGAUACUGAUAUAUAUUCAUGCAUGGUGCUUUCAAAAGAAAAUCAUGAGAUACCAGCUCUAUCGACCACCAUAAUGCUGACAUGGGUGCAUGGCAGAAACUCUUACUACCCUUCUGAAGCUGACCCCCCUGCCCCCCAUAGCUCUUCCCUCUAAUCUUUGGAACAGAGAGCAAAUAAUACUGAUGGGUUCUUACCUUUUUACCUAAUUCUUUGGAUUUUUAUUCCCUAUUUUUAACUUCUAUUUUGCACGAUAUUUUAUAUAACACAUUAUGUGCCUUGCCUUUAGUUAAGAACAAUAAUACAUGAUACAAAUUAUGUAAAUUCAUUUCUCUUUUUGGUGUAACCGGUAACUCUGCAAAAAUGACAAAAAAACAUUGCUGCAUGUUUGAUUGCUUGUCAUUAUCCAGUUUAGAUGAAUACAGUAGUAGAUUAAAGUAGUGACAGUUUGCGUUUAUCGAGAUGGGGUAUUUUCACCAUUUUCCCUUUCUGUGGUUAUUAUACAUUAGUAUUUGUCAUUCCAUCACAUGGAAACCUUGCUACAAUUUAAUCGUGUUAAUUUCUUCGUUUUUAUUGACUCUUGUUGCUUUCCCUUUCAUUAUGUCUUCCAUCUUGGUGUAAUAUGUGAAAUAUGCAAUUCUUGUUUCCUCUGCUCAGCGAUUGCUUAAGUUGUAUUUUGCCCCCUUUUUAAAGCUCUUCUUCAAUGAUAAAGAAUGUGCUGCAAGAAUUAGAGAAAAUGUCCAAGUACUUCAAUUCAAGAUGGAGGUCAGGGUAGAGAGCCGUGAGGGAUGUGUUGUAGGUGAUCAGGCUCCUAGCACGGAACAGAGCUGUAAAAUCACUGAGAUGAGCUUACAUUUCCCCCAGCACCAUGGCAACUUCUGCCUCUGUAGACACUUUUUGGCACCAAAUGACCAGAACUGAAUAUGGGGUACAUUUUAUCCCACUAUUUUGUUACAUUACAACCUGCGAGUCUCCUAUACGCAGAUAGGCAAAUCCAAGCACUUUAAUAGCUUUUCAAACAGGAACAUCUAUUAAAAAAAAAUAUGAAUCUCUAUCCAUAUGCUAAAACAAGGGAAAUGACUCAUUUGGAAUUGUUUAAGGAUAAAGCUGAAGCUUCCGAGACAAAUUCUUUCCAUGGAAUGCUAACUGUCUUAUUAUGUUGUGUCAGUGAUGAGCAGGGCACAGUGCUUCACAUCUUUGUUUUAGUUUGUGUGUUUCAUGGGUGUAUGAGAGAGAAAGGGAUUGAGAUCGUGUGAGUGUGUGGCUAGAUCUGGUUCUCAGAUUGCACAUACAUAAAUGGGCCGAUAGCAAAGAGAGAGAGAGUGUAUCAGGUGUAUUGGGGAAAGGAGUGUUGAAAAACACUAGAUGUGGAUUUCACUUCAGAAGACUGAAAACGAGAGAGAGAGAGAGAGAGAGAGAGAAAAGGAUGGGGUAUUUUAGCACUACUAGAUGGAAUUGUCGGAGAAGAGUAGAAAUGUGUGACACAAUAAACUAGUGCAGUGAGAUGCAUUAAUGACGUGAUAAUUUCCCCUCCUCGAUUUUAUACCUUGUGAUUUAGAGUUUUUGCAUCGCACUGCAUUUUCCAUCGGGUUAAGGGGUCAAAUUAUUUCACUGGGAAUAUGCACAAUACCUGGAUGUUAUUGAAAUUAACUGAUCAAAAAUCUGUAAAAAUGAAAAUAAAAUGUAAAAAAAACAACACAAAAAAAACCAAUUGAAGGUUUCAUAACACUGGCUACAAUAGAAUGUUAAGCUUUAUGUACCAUGUGUAGAUUAUUCUUUUCAUGUUUAGUGUGUAGUUACAUUUUUAGGUUCUCCACAUUUAGGUCCAUUGUGUGGAAUCUACAAAUCCACCUUAUGUUGUUUUGAAUAUUAGCCCUUCAGAAGUAUAGACUGACCUAGUCAGAAUCAUGGUAUAGAGAAUGAAAACAACAGAACAUCUGUUAAUAGCUGUUCAAAUUACUGAAAGAUGCCAAGACAUUAGUUUUUUUAUUAGAGGGUAGAUUAUAAUUGAUCAUUUCUUACUGCGUAGUGUAAUGGGAGUAUAUUGAAUAAGAGAGGAUAUUGUGUAUUUUUUUCAGCAGGGUCAGAAAAGGCCAUUGUGAAAGUGUGUUAUGCAGUGUACAGUAUUGUUUCUGCAAUGGAUAUUGCAAUGCUGGUAGCUAUUGAGAAUUCAAGUAAAAUGGCAGAAAAAGAGGUAUUGUUUACAUCAGUGUUUCCUAACUCCAGCACCUCCAACAAUACAUCUAUUUGUUGCAUCCCCGGACAAGCACCCCUGAUUCAACUUAUCAACUAAUCAUCAAGCCCUCAAUGAGUUGAAUCAGGUUAGUCAGGGACUACAACAAAAAUGUGUACUGUUGGGAGUACUCGAGGACUGGAGUUGGGAAACGCUGGUUUGCAUUGCCCUUCUUAAGAUCUUGGCGAUGACGGUUUAUGUGUCCCGGUCCACAGUCCCAGGUUGAAGUGGCGUGCUGUAGCAAAGGCAUUCCAUCAAAUCCAUACGAUCCUCAAGCUCAACAAAAUGCUGCCGUCAUUCAGCAAGCUAAUUUAUAUUUGUUAAACAGGACAUGUGGUGAGGCAAGCGUCUGCUCCUGAUCAAAGAACUCCCACGGUGUGGGCUAUGUCCCUGGGCUCUGUCAUGUAUGGAAGGAGGACAAGGCCAACUGACGUGUUAACCAUACACCCAGUACAGUCAGUGGGCUAGUUGGAGCACAAGGCCCAUAAUCAAGUCAUCACAUUCGCCUCCUAGAUUUCAGCAUGGAGUCCAAUUACUGCUGUAGUACUGAGGGCGCCAAAGUGCUCAUGUUUGGUAGCGCUGGCGAAUGCUCAAGCUUAUUGUAUGUCGACAUAUUAGGCUUUUCAAAAAAACUACAUUUGGAUGUUUUAAACACACACAAUUAAUGGAAAUAGAGAAAGAAUCCCAUGUAAAGUUCCCCUCUGGUUCUAACUGUACAGUAGCAGCAGACGCUGGAGUCUCAUGACAUGUUCUGUGAAGAUUUGCACUGCUCCACACUCACCUCUCCAGUCCAGUUUACCCUCCAGCCUGGGUCUGACUGGGACACAUAGGGACAUGGGUCUGACGCCACGGUAGUCUAGCCAGCACAGUGGUCCUUCAGCACACCGUCUGCUUUUUGUAACUAAACUCGGCUAUACAUUAUAUUAUUAUGACAGCGACAUAGACUUUUGUUUUCAGAGCAGGUGUCCCCCCCCACCCCCCAACACUUUUUAAAGUGGCCACAGGUGAUGGUUGAACUUACUCUGAAAGACAUUCAUAUGCAUUCGAUACUGAUGCAUGUAAAACAUUAUCUUAUUAUAUUUCAAAACCCUUACUAAUAUUUUUGUAGUGAUUAUUAUCAUUGUGAUUAUUGUAGGAUUGUUACAUUUUGGACACAUUAUCCUGUGUAUAAAUGCUUACAGUAUAUCAAUGAGAAUGAAAUAGGCAAAAUGUACAUACCAUUUUUUUUGUUUUUUUUUUGUUUAAGUAAGUACAUGUUUAUGUUUGUGUUUAGAUUUAGUUGCUAUAAGCUUGUGGCCAAGCCACAAAAUAUAAGAAUUCCUUCUUAGCGUUCUGCUAUGGUUGGUAUGAGCUCACCACCAAUGCUGCAUGCCUUUUUAAACAAGGUACCUGUAUUUGGUUUUACUAACCCUGAAACUUGGACUCCAGUAAUUUCAGCAUCACUUGUUGUCAUUUUAAACCGAUCCAGAAGCUUCAAUAAGCCUCAAGGGGAUAUGCAAAUUCCAUUGCCAUUUAUUUUUAAAUUUUUUCCACAAGUCAUCUAACAGUUCUGCACUUCUUUUUAUUUUCACUGUUGCUGUGCAAGCUUCAAGAUCUCAAACACUUUCCUUCUACUUGGAAGGUUGCACUAAAUAACCUGGUAUUGAUGUUUUAAGGAAACUUCUCAAGAUGUGCUUCUCUGGAAAUAUUUCUCAAGCUUAACCUUUGAGAUGUAGGAAUCCUGUGUGUGUGAGAGAGACAGAGCAAGAUAAAUUGAGGAAACAGCUGCUUGUAACAAGCUAAGAAUAUUAGUCACCGUAUUUCUCCCCUUUUAUUGUUUAUCGUUAGAGAACCCACUGAGUACAUCACUUUUAUUGUUUAUCGUUAGAGAACCCACUGAGUACAUCACUUUUAUUGUUUAUCGUUAGAGAACCCACUGAGUACAUCACUUUUAUUGUUUAUCGUUAGAGAACCCACUGAGUACAUCACUUGAACAUCCACCCGGGUGGUACAUUUUUAGACAUCCAUUGAAGAUGUUGAAUUGGUUUGUGGGAUUUGGGCUUGUAAAGACAUUUGAAUCAGUCCUAGACAAACAACAGCAGGGCUGACAGUCGCACUAGUUUUGUUGCAGUCCAUACAAAGUGUGGUCACAGUGUGUUUGUGUGUGUUUUUGUCUGAGUGUUUGGUCAGGAAAGGCAUGUGUGCAGAUGAAGCACAUUCCUCUGGUAGUGCAGGUGUGAGGCCCCACACUGCUCCGAGUGCCUUUCUUCAGCAGCGCUGCGUUGUUGUGAAUGUUACUCUAGUUUUACUCAAGGACGCACUGCUCUGCUCCACCCAGGGACUUGCUACUGAUAUGAUGUGAGGGUGUGGAAGGUGUGUGUGGGAGCUGCAGCCGCACUGUAACGGGUAUUGAUCCAGUAUGAGUUUAUGAAAAGAGAAGUCUUUACACAUGGUGGCAACACAACGUUGAAGAUUAGAAUAUGAAAAAAGUUGAUUUACUAUAUUGGCCUAUGAUUUUCCUUCACGGUUUUUCAACGGAUCUAGUUUAUCUUUAUGCAAUUGGUACAGUAUAUAGAUUAGAAAUAUGUUGUUUAUAGUCUGUGCAACUAUUUUAGGCAGGAACUCUGAAUUCUCCCUAUGCAAUUAAGGGCUGGUGUACCCUGACAGGGUAAAGACCUGGGAAUUUGAUACCUAUUGAUAUUCAUUCAUAAGUUCGUAGUAACUCAACAGUCACUGUCGAGACUCAUGCAGAUGUUUAUUUACCUACAAUUAGAAUCGGGACUUGAUUAAAAUGGUCACAAGUCCCGUUUAAGUGUCAAGAUGAUUUCUUCAGAGAGACAAAAAUACCUAGCAGUACACCAGUCCAAAGUGUAGAAUGACAAGACUUGUAUGUUUGUGAGAGUUUUGGGGGAUCAGUAGAUGGGAAGCCCAGUUCAGUUAGAUCAAUGCAAUGAUUUUACUUUUAUUGUAUUUAGUUUUUCCUAUUCCCCUUAAUGAUCAGUUAGUGGAGUUUUCUUAAAGCAAACUCAAAAAUCGCAAAUGAGGAGACGAGUAGUAAACAGUCUCCAUAAUCCUCUUGUUACUGUGUGAAGAGACAUGGAACACAGAAUAAUGGAGACCAGGUCACAACUCUCAGAUGUGUCACAACAUCGUUUUUGUGGUGAAAUGUGCUUAUGUUCACCCAGUGGAUAAAGGUAACUGUUUUUAAGUUUGGUCUCUAUAUUUUACUUUCAACAAACCAGCAGGUAAAAAAAGCUAACUUACAUAGAUGUGAAUACUGAAUACCAAAAAUGAUUUAAACAAGCAGUGCCUGUCAUUUUACUGCUAAUUUCAUUUAUUUGUGGCCAUUGCCCUUCUCAAGCUCUGAUGUACAUAGUAUUUGUACUCUAAAGCUGCUGGGGGUCAUUCUGACUUUGUGUGGGACUCUGUUUGGUGCCUGAGCCCCACUCUCACAUUGGCUUCUGCUCAUAGCUUUCCACACAAACUGUCACAAUGAGGUCCUACAGUACUACCAAGGUGAAGGGCACCCACUAGCCAAUGGCCUUUGGCUAUGGAGGUGAAAAGCCAUACAAAACAAGUGCAGUUAUGAAGAUCUGUUAAUGUUAUUGAUAAUCCAUAUCACAGAUUCACUGACGUCAGGACCGGGAAGCCCCACCCACACAAUAGAGGAGAGAACAAGGCCACAUUUUAAUGAGGGCUCUUUUUACAAAAAAAUACAAUUCCUCACAUGAUCUUCAACUGCUUGGCGCGCCAAACCUUUCUUGGCAAUUCUAUUACCUUCAUCUUGUUCUGGACAUGUAUGUUGAUUCCAUCUUUAAACGUGCUGUUUUCUCAGUGUGAUGAAGUUGGUUGGGUGGAGGAGGGAAGAGAUAAAGAUGAUUCUCAGAGAACAUUCUAAUGCAGUGUUACAUUUUAAGGUUUUUCCUCAUUAUUCUUUACAAAUAUUACCAUAGUAGUUAUUCAUUAAUCGCUUGCUUGCUGCACAGACAUACACACUGCACACCAGGAAAGAGCAUGUGGACAUUUAGUUCUGACACAUCCGGUAGAAUAGAACAGGAAACGGCUUCAUAGCGCACACGGAUCACUUUCAACUGCUUGUGAUUUUAUUUUCCUUUUUGAAACUUUUAGUACAAAAGUAUCAGCAAAAGUCGGUAAUAAAAGUUUUCUGCUAAUUAUUUGAAAUGACUCUCAUACAGGAAAACUAAAGUUGCCAUGUGUUUUUGAACUGGUGUGGGAGAAAUUUACAGCUUUGACAAUAUUUCAUUAUAACAUUGUAUUUAGCCAUCGCUGUUAGCAAAUACAUUACUGGAAGUGAGUAUGUUUCCCUAUGCAAAAAAAGUAUAAAAAAUAAUAAACAAGCUAUGCUACAACUCA